AUGGUCAAGAGAGAAAGACCUGCUUCACCUGUUUCUUCCGACGUUUCAAAUUCGACUCUGACUCCGUACGAUUCAAUUUCAAUCAAGGAUGAGAAACCUCCUGUUAAUAACAAGAAGGUUAGAUGUUCACCUAAAAAGGAGAAUGGUGGGAAGGGAGGUACGAAGGUGCCAUGGUCGAUCGAAGAAGAUGAAGCGUUAAUCGUCAUUCUGGAUCAAAUUAUCAAAUGUCAACUUUGGCCCGCUAUCAAAUCAUCUGGAAAUUCUCAACUUAUCCAGAGAGGAAGCUAUGGUGCACAAUAUCAUGCCAAAUUACUUUUGAAACAAGGAAAAACAUCUUCAGCAUUAUCUCGAAAAUGA